CACAAAACCAGUGAAUGACACAACAGAGCCGAAGACUUAAACAGCGUUGCAAAUAUUACAAGUCAACUCUAAUCAUCUCAUUCAUCUUCAUCUUCAUCUUCAUCUCCUCACAAGAUUUUUCCAUCGAGAAAGAGUUAAUGGAAAAUCCUGGAAAUUUUACUUCUCUGCCCUUCAUCAUGAUUCCCCUGUUUCUGCUCUGUUUUCUCCUUUCUUCUUCUGCAUAUUCUCCUCCCGACAAGUUCUUCAUCAACUGUGGGUCGAAUUCCAACGUCACUUACGGCCGCCGGACCUUCUUCGGCGAAAACUCCGUCGCCUUCACCAAGCAGGGCAGUGAAGCCAUCGACCAAUCGGCGUCCGCCACGUCGCCGAUCUACCAGACGGUCAGGACAUUCAGACGCCGCUCUUCUUACAGCUUCAAACUCGACUCUUCCGGCUUCUACAUCGUACGCCUCCAUUUCUCUGCUGUCUCUUCUCGACCAGAGCUUUUAGCCUCUCGUUUCAGUGUCUCUGUUUCCGCGUUCGGACAUCCUCUGUUGAAGAAUUUCUCUCUUCAGAAUUCCACCGAGAACCCUCAUGUCGAAGAGUUUCUUCUCACGAUCGGCUCUGUCGCUUUCGAAAUCUCCUUUGAGCCUGAGAAGUCUUCGUUUGCUCUGGUCAACGCCAUUGAAGUGUUUCCUGCUCCAGAAGACUUCAUCCCCGAUCAAACCCUGUCACCUUCCAACAAGAAUCUGCGCACAGUUUAUAGAUUAAACGUCGGCGGUGAAAAGCUCACACCAGACAACGACACGUUAUGGCGAAACUGGUCACCGGACGAUGACUUUCUCUACAACAAAGGAACCGUGAGAAACGUUACGCCGCCAUACGCCGGAAAACCAAGCUACCAAGGUACAUUGACAGAGUAUACUGCUCCAGAUUACGUGUACCAGACAGCUAAAGUGAUGAACUUUACCCGGUCUGAGGGUGUUACUGUCUUGAUGAAUGUCACCUGGACGUUUCAGGUGAAGAAAAACGCUAAUUACUUCAUCAGGGCUCAUUUCUGUGACAUAAUUAACCCAUCACUUGACCCUGAUUUCGCUUUUUUCCUGUAUGUAAACGGAGAGUUGGGUUUAGAGAUAAACCCUGCGUUGAAAAUGAUGCAAACAGCAGCUCCAUUUUACAAUGAUUCUGUUGUUGUGUCCGAUGGUUCGGGAAUGCUGAAUGUUAGCAUACGCAAUAAGGGCGAUUCGUAUGGCUUUCUGAACGGUUUGCAGGUAAUGGAGAUUCUGGGUUUAUCGGGUUCUUCCGGUUCUUCGACUCCGAGAAGCUCGGGGAAAAGGGUUUAUGUCAUUGCCGGUUCUGUCGCCGGUGGAUCAGUCUUGAUCUUGAUCUUGCUGUUUCUGCUGUUUCUAAAGCUCAAGAAAUCGAAAAAGCCGGUUGUUGAAGCUGCUUCGGUCUGGUCUCCUCUGCCUGGAUACAGAGGUGGGACUGGGAGCUCUCACUUUAGGGUUCUUGAUGGGGUCAACAAUUCACCACUUCUCAAUCUGAACCUCGGUUUAAAGAUCGCCUUCGCGGAAAUUCUGACGGCUACCAACAAUUUCGACGAGAGGUUUUUGGUGGGGAAAGGCGGUUUCGGCAAUGUCUACAAAGGCGUUCUUCGGGACGGAAGGAAAGUGGCAAUCAAGAGAGCACAGGAAGGUUCGGGACAAGGGCUGUUGGAGUUUCAGACAGAGAUCCAAGUCCUGUCCAAAAUCCGACACCGCCAUCUCGUUUCCCUGACCGGUUACUGCGACGAGAACUCGGAGAUGAUCCUUGUCUACGAGUUCAUGGAAAAGGGCACGCUCAAGGAACAUCUGUACGGCUCGAACCUUCCUUCCUUGACGUGGAAGCAAAGACUGGAGAUUUGCAUUGGCGCAGCCAGAGGUCUGCACUAUCUUCACAGCGGUGCGACCGGAGCGAUCAUCCACAGAGAUGUGAAAUCCACCAACAUACUCUUAGACGAGAACCUUGUGGCUAAAGUCGCGGACUUCGGCCUGUCCAAACUCACAUUGCCCGAUCAGAUUCAGACCCAUUUCAGCUCCAACAUCAAGGGAACGUUCGGAUAUCUAGACCCUGAGUACUUCCAGACUAACAUCCUGACGGAGAAAUCCGACGUCUACUCGUUCGGAGUGGUCCUGCUCGAGGUCUUGUGCGCGAGACCGGCGAUUGACCGCAGUCUUCCGCACGAGGAAGUGAACUUAGGGGACUGGGGAAUGUUCUGCAAGUCGAAAGGGAAGGUGGAAGAGCUCGUGGAUCCGACAUUGAGGGGUCAGAUAGAGCAGAACUCGUUGAGGAAGUUCCUGGAAGUUGCGGAGAAGUGUCUGAAGGAUAACAGCGGGGAGAGGACGAGCAUGGCGGAUGUGGUUUGGGAUUUAGAAUAUGCCCUGCAACUUCAGAGGCUGACUGUUCACAGGGAGCCGCACGAGGAUAGCGGUGCCACCGGCACCGGCAGCGGCGGUGGAGUGGCGGCUCUGCAAUUGCUGAGUGUCAGCGAAUCAUUCAGCUCCUUUGUUCAGAGGCAAUCGCUGGAUGAUUCCAGAGGAGGAGGGACCGUUUUGUCCGACAGUCAAGUUUUCUCCCAACUGAACAUCUCUGAAGCGAGAUGAAUCUGUCUUUAUAUCUUCUUAUGGUCGGAAGUUUUAACUUCCCAUUGUCUGGGAAGUUGUUUUAUCAAGUGUUCCCAUAUUCAUGUGUUAAUAUUGUUUUUUUUAACUACCUUUAAUAAUCUGUAUUUUUUUCUAUGAUAAUGAAAAAUAUAUAUAAAGAUUA